ACUUAAGUAAGUACGCUGAAAGUCCUGCAUCCCCACAGAUGUGAAAGAUGAGGCAGAAAAUGUCUGGAGGUUCCGUGCUCAUACAAAAGACAACCAGCGUUCCUGAGGAGAAUUUAUCAGAACCAAACGUUGACAUGAUGGCUUUCAAUCUGAACCAGAGCCAUGCGUUGUGUCUCCCUGUGGUCUCUGACGAUCAGCUUAUAUGGGUGCACUCAAAUGAGUUCAACCUACAGCUGGAUGGUGCAGAAGAGCUGAACAAGGCCUUCGACCAGUUUCCAUACCUGACGGAGAAACAGACAGCUACACUGGCACAGCGCUGCUCCUUGCACCCAGACCAGGUGAAGGUGUGGUUCAUGAUACAGAGGCUCCGCUAUGGCGUCAGCUGGGAAUUUAAAGACAUCAGGAAGGUUCGGAGGCAGUUCAAGUUGAUUUGGGGGGAGGCAGAGCUGCAAACCAGGAAGGGGGAACAGAAAGAGGAUGGAGACAAGAAUAAGAAAUGUAAAACACCUGAUGGGAAGAAGGCAGGAGAGGUUAGGGAGGAACAGGGUGCAAGUGAGGGAAGGAGAAGUGGGGAAAAUGUGGAGGCUGAUGAACUAUUGGAGAGAAGAAUGAGGCAGGAGCAGCUAAUGAAGAAAGACAAGGAUGUAAAAGAAAAGAAAAGGAAUACUCAGAGGAAGCGGAAAAGGACGACGGUGACAUACGAGGUGGGAAUUAAAAAAACAAAGCAAGCGGAGGAGAAUAUUGUGGAGAGGGCAAAAGAAGCAAACAUAGGAAGUGAGUGUCAGAAGUCCACUCAGUCGGAGAUAACGCUUUUUACCAGAAGGAAGAGGAUGCCAAAAGUAAAAACGUCUGUCCCUGAAAGUGGGGUACCCAAUGAGACACAGGAUGCAAUGCCCCUGCUCAUCCCUUUGGUUCAAACUCAGGCCCCCAACAUGCCUCCUCUCACUGACAACCAGACAGAAGUGCUGGGAAAAAAUGACGACACUCCUCCUUCUACCUCUAAUAACGGAAAGACCCCUGAGAAAAGUCACUGUGGGGAGAAAUCAGAAACGCAGACGCAAACAGAGUCAACAAUCACCAAGGGCGGCAACUAUAAAAAUAAAAGGUCACUUCCCACUUGUGUGGUAACCAAAAUAAAGACGAAGUUUCAGUUGUCGAGGAUGAAGGAGGCUUUCACGGAAUGCCAGUAUCCAGACGUUGCGGCAUACAACAGGCUGGGUGAGGUGGUUGGAAUGCCGCGCCACAGGUUGGUUCAGUGGUACGGAGACAUGCGCUAUUAUAUCAAGACAUUCAGGCCGCACUGGAUGACUAGCGAGCAAUACGGCCAGGCCGUCGCCAACGUCAGGUACCGACAGAGCCUGAGAGCACUGCGGAAGAAGGAGGGCAAAUCCUGUGCACCGAAUAACCCCUCAAUGGGAAGUCAUUGA